AUGGCGACCUACGUGACAGCAAGGAAGCAGCUUCUGGGUUGGCUCUUGUGGCUUAUCUCUUUUGCUCUUGUCCAUGCGGCCUCGAACAACACAUUGUUCAUCUACACAUCAUCCACCCUGAAUUCCUCUCUGUUCUCCACCACCUAUCUUUCUACAUUAACUGCCAGCGUGCCAUGUUACUCCGGUCUUGGAACCGCAGUCUUUCAGACCAGCCGGUGGUCAUCGAACGCCCUGGAUCUCAUUUGUGCUGAUACCUGCCAGACGGCCUUGAACAGUUAUGUUGCCACGGUGGACACUACCUGCGGUAAGGAUACCUUGUAUAAUAUAUCUGGGUCAUUGCAGACGGCCAGUGAUGCCGGGAGUGAGAUGCUGUGGAAGCACUCCUAUAGCGUGACCUACACCGCAAGCUCAAGCCCGGCGGCGACGACGAGCGCCCUCGCUGGUGCGGAGAAGAAUGUGCGGUGCAAUAUCACGAACCCCAGCUCGACUCUCUAUGUUGCCUCAGCCAACCAAACAUGCUUGCAAAUUUCGGCCGCUGCCAACGUAUCCACUCCGUCCUUGGCGAGCAUCAAUGCUCUCGGGCCGAAUUGCAGUUAUCUGACGGCGAACCAGACGUUAUGUCUACCCGAGGUCUGCGAUAUUUAUAUGGUCUCUCCCAACGAUACCUGCGCGUCCAUUCUCGGGAAUUUACGACGAGAGAUCUCGAUCCCGACUUUCCGGUCCUGGAACCCCACUAUCAAUUCUGCCUGCUCAAAUUUGCAGGCUUUGCAGGGACAGUAUAUCUGUCUGAGCCCUCCGGGUACUACCACUAUCCCUAACAGUUUUGCUCUCAAGGCUGUCACGACCGCUGCACCGGUUCCUUCCAACGCCGUUACGACUUCCAACACUAACUGUGGAUACUGGUACACAACCCAAGCUGGCGAUACCUGUGACACGGUUGUGUCCAUGUUUUCCAUGUCCGAGAGCGACUUCUAUUUCCUGAAUCCUCAACUCGGCAACAAUUGUUCCUCCUUGUGGCUGGGGAAUAGCUACUGUGUGCAAGCAGUCGGCAACAUUCACACGUACUCCAGGUAUCCCUCGAGCUCCAUUACCUCCUUGCCGGCUUUACCUUCCACAAUCAACGUUAAUGCCACGGUGACAGCAAACCGCACCACAUCCUGGCUUCUUUCCACCGGACUAUCGAUCUCUACUUCCACCUGGACAUAUAAUGACACUGUGUAUGAGAUGACCAAGGGCUACACGCUCUGCCAAGACGCAAUGUCCUACUACAGCCUCGAUACCGACGAUUUGAACUUUAGCGAUCUCAUGGCCAACACCGCCUGGUUCAGUGAAUGGGAUCGCGUGUGUGACUUGGACCUAAGCCAGCCUACCCCCACCAUCCCCUUCAACACCAGCAUUCCCCUGACCACCGCCAGUGAGACGGGGACGGCUUCGGUUUCGAGCAAUGCUGCUGCAGGCUCGACCUCCACCAUUGUCUCGGCCUCCCGUACGGCAAUCUCGACCUCUUCGUCGAUCAGUCAAACCGCCACCUCGACGACCUCGACCUCUGCUGCGUCAGCGACGGCUACCGGUUUGGUCAUCUCCCCGAACGGCACUUGCGGCGGAAGCACGGGGUUCACAUGUGCGCAGUCUGGCUUUGGCGAUUGCUGCAGUAUUUGGGGUGACUGUGGUUCCACCAGCGAUUAUUGCGCCGCGUCCAGCUGUGACUCCACCGCGGGAGUUUGUGCUGGUGGUGUCUCCCCAAAUGGUCUCUGUGGGGCGAGUAACAACGCCUGGACCUGUUUCAAUUCAGGCUUUGGGGAUUGUUGCAGUACUUACGGCUACUGGUAA